UAGCAUCUCAGUAGAAACAUCUUAAAGCAGGGAUAAAUUUGAACUCCAGCUGAAGAGGGAUAUGUUGAGGUCCUCCAACGUGAUGAGCUAGAAGAAAGAUUCAUUGCAGUUGGUACUUGGGGACUUAUUAGACUAUUGGAGGUGCAUAUCAAGAUGAGCGGAAGUCUUCAAGCCUGGAAACAUUGCAUCUUGUCUGGUCUGGUAUUCACCGAUGCCAUUGUUUUCAACGGAAUCAUAGGGAACCUGAUGUCUAUUCUUGAAGACAUUUUGGGGAGGAAUAUGGCAAAAAAUGCAGCAAUCCUCGCUAUUCAGAUGGGCUUGUCGUCUUUAAUAGCGAUCGCUGGGAGAUUUCUCACUGAUGAUUAUUUUGGCAAGUACAUUAUGAUCAACAUUUCCAUCGUCAUCUAUAUCAUUGCACUUGUCAUUUUAUGUUUUUUACUACGGAUAGAGGAAGAUGCUUCCAUCUACGUCACGUGUUUCCUAAUAGCAGUAGGCCAUGGUUGUUUUGAAUCAUUGCUUGAGGAGUACGGAAAAGAUCAGAUCGACACUGCUAACUUCGGAGGGAGGAGGGUCCUUCACUAUGUCUGGUGGCGGACACCUAAGUUCUUGGGCUCGGCAGUGGGCUCCAUCAUACUUCUCAUUGCAGAGAAAUGUGGGUGGAAAUAUGAGUGGAAAUAUGCUGGUUGGCUAACUACAGGCGUGAUGGUUGUUGCUUCUAGUUUGUUCUUCUGUAGCAAGUUCUUGUACGACUUCCGUAAUGACAAGCCAGCUACAAGCCCAUACGGACGUGUGAUUCGUGUCUUUGUCGCUGCCACGUUGAAUAUACAUCUUCCUGGGCCCGUGCCCGGUGAUCUCCACGAAGAGGAGGAACAUGACCAUAUCUUGCCUCACAGUAAUAGCCUAAGGUGCCUUGACAAAGCUGCCAUUCGUCCCAGACAAGAGGAUGCGGAAAAAAACAAAUGGUGGCAAUGCAGAGUAACAGAAGUAGAGGAAAUUAAGUGUCUCUUGCACACGUUCCCCACCUGGGCAACCUUAGUUAUGUGUGGGAUAGUAUCGACAGUGCAACAAACUUUGUUCAUCGAGCAAGCAUACUACAUGGAACGUCGACUUGGCUCCGUAAAAGUUCCGGUCACAUCGCUGUUCAUGUUGGCCGGACUUCCAAAGCUACUAAUCGACAAAUUUCACCCUCGGCGACCUGACAGGAUAAUUACUCUUGGGAUAUUCUUCUCGAUAUUGUGUUGCAUAACUGCUGCUCUGGUGGAGAGUAGGAGGUUGAAUGCUUAUAACGGAGGCCACGUUUUAUAUGACGAAGAAGACCAAGAAAAUAAACAUGAUGUUGUCAACGUGAGCAUUUUCUGGCUACUUCCGCAGUUUUUCCUGAUAGGAGCAAUGGAUGGAUUAGUCUAUAGCGGCAUCCACGAUUUCUUCGAUGAUCACCUCCCUGAUUCUAUGAAGAGCUUGGAUUUCUCAUUCUUCAAGAGCGUGCAUGCAGCUGGAUACUUUCUCUUUGCACUUUUGGCUACCAUAAUGAAUAAAGCAACAAAAUGGUUUGGCGUGGACAUAAAUAGUAGCCGUGUGGAUUAUGUAUAUUGGGGAUUAGGGAUACUGAGCUUGAUCAACUUUUUUAUUUAUGGUUAUAUCUCAGGGAUAUUUAGUCCCAUCAGAGAAGGCAAAGAGAAUGACCUCAACGGUACCAACAAUGACAACGAUGAGACAACAACAUCAGCACAAGGAAGAACAACGACAAUCGAAAUGAGAACAGUGGAACAACUGGAAUCGGGCGCUAGCACUGCUAGCUCCGAGCACGUCUGAGAGCAUCUUUUAUGAAGAGUACGUUGGAUCCGUGCUCGUUGGUUUGGCUGUUAAAACUUACCUUUUGUUAGUAUUUGAAUUAAGAAAUUUAUCUGAACAAGUUUGCACCUCUUGAUGAAAAGUUUUAUAAAGAGCAGGAUUUUAAUGGCUUUA